CCAAUUUGUAUCAAAACGUAUACAAGCUUUGAUAUAUAAUCAACCGAACACGUCCGUGAACAAGUGAGACGAAAAUCUAUGAACUGUACAAGGGAAAAACGGGACACAACAUUUAAAUCGCAUACAAGCACAUAUUUACAUAGAUUGUCAUACAUACAAAGAAAGCAAGGAAAAAGGGCAUUUCAUUAACAAGACCCAUCAUCGAGACUCAGAAUUACAUUCACCCAGAGUGAGAAAGAGCGAAUAAUGUAGUGAAAGGAAAAACAGAGAAAAUGUACACACAACGAUUUGCAACAGCUUCAUGAAUGGAGACGGACCGAUUGUUGCUUCACUGUGAAUUUUUUCAUUUCCAUUCAAUCCGAAUGGAAUUCGCAUUAACAACGCGUGUGUGCGCUGCUUGGCUUCGUUGUGCUCUUCUCAAUUUUCACUUGUUGUCGUCGUAUUAAAAAAGGCAUCGUUUUACAUUUCGAAUACAAGAAAGAAAAUCAACAAUCAAGAAAAAAUCGAAAAAACAAAUAUUCAACUCUUCAAUUGCCGCAACACAUCCUUAGACAUACAUUUAAUUUCUUUUUAAAGAAAAAAAACAUAGAUUUCUUCGUUUAAAAAAAAACACAAAUCAACAAAAUAAUUAAUAAAUCCGUGUGUAAAUUUCAUUGCAAUAAAUAAAACACAUUUUACUUAGUGCAGUACGUGUAUGUUUUAUUUUUCUAAUGAAUAUCACAAGUUAAGGGAGCUAGAGAAAUAAAAACGGAAUUGAUUUUAAAACCGCACGGCGGAGUAAUUUGAAUAUUAUUGUAUACAAAAUAAAAAUAAAAGAUUGCAAAUUCAUGUGAAAAAUGUAAAUAAGUCUUUUGACAAUAAAUCCGUAAUGAAAAUAAGACAAAUAAUAAUAAAGUAAAGAAAUUUUAAUGAGUAAAAACAAAAUAAUAAAAGUGCAGUGAAUCAAAGCACUUAUAAUCUCAUUUCAGUGAAAAUAAUUGAAUAUAUGUUUUAAAAAAACUUCGCAAAAUUGCUCGCGCGUAAUUUAGCUUUGGUGUUAAAUUGAAAGGGUUAUUUAGACGGGCGGGCAUUGAAAAUGUUUAAAACAAACAACAUGCAACAAAAACAUUAUAUCCAAAUAAUUUGAGGGUUCACACAUUAAAUAUUUCGACACAAAAUUAGACUCGACAACCUAAAACCAUUCCAAAAGAUCUGGCGAACAAGAGAAAUAACAAAAACGUGCGAGCGAUCCAAUUACAAAGUUAUCUUAACAACCAUAUCAUUUUCAGACGGAAGCGCCAAAAAUAUCGUACUUUUUUCCGUACAAUUUUGAAAUAAAUAUCAACGUCUUUUGAAUCUUUUGUUUUCUUUUUUAAUUUUAAUUUUAUUUUACAAAAAUUCACAUGUGUGGCUUUCAAUCUGAACAUUUUUUAAAUUAACGGAAUUAUAUUUGUUUCGCUGAAUCGAACGCACAUAUUCAUUGUGAAAAGGGACAAGAUCCAAUCAAAGCGUCUCCCCAUCAAAAAAAGAGAAGAGAAUAUUACCGCAUUCUUUAAACCGACAUUCUUUCAAAAAGCAAUAGCAACAGUGACUAAAAGCCAAUUGUGUUUUCUUCAUUUUAUAAUUUCAACUUCAUUUAACUGGACACGCAGACACACACGCACGCAAUUAGCCAACAGUUGAAAUGAUGAAAAAGAUUAGAGUAGACUCAGCAUUGUAUGGCAACGUGAUAUUAAUAGUAAUUUUAGCUAGUAAUAUCUGGUCAUCACACGGACAAAAUGUAAAUCCACAACAAGACGAUGUAGCCGAUUACGUUGGACCCGGAGGCGAUGGCGGCGGCGGUGGCAAUAGUGACGGUGACAGAGUUACAAAUAGUGGUGAGGUAAUGGCAUCACGUUUGCCCGUGCUCAAUGAACAUGAGCCAAGCUGCGAACAACUCAAAACCAUGUGGAGAUUUUCAAGGCGUCAAGCACGAACAUCAGAAAUGUCAAAUGAAUUGCCCACAUAUCGAGAUCCAUUCAAGCAUAACAUUUGGGAUCCAUAUUAUUCAUCAAUUCGAAAUGUGAACAGGGGACGUGCUCAGCCUCGUUAUUCUGGUUGGCGAUUUCCAAUGCAACCAACAUAUGGCACGAUUAAUUACAAAGCACCGGAAAAGGUGAACAUGCAACCUGGACGAACGAGGUCAUAUAGUUAUAAUGACCUGUCGCGACUCUACAAAUCCGGCCGGGAACCAUACAAUUUUAUGCGGACAUUGGGUCGUAAUAAUAACAACAAUGAUACAUCGGCUCGACGUCGACAAUCAACGCGAAUGGGUGGCCGGGUGCAAACACAUAAUGUGCCGUUAAAUUCGAUACUAACGCCACAAAAAGGCAGCUUUAAUCUUCUCAAAACGAUCAUGAUUAAUGAACGUUCCAAAGAAUUGGAACAACAACGUCGCAAUGAGGAAAUGAUCGCACGAGCAUCGGUUCUAAAGGAAUUAACAAAUGGCCAAAGGUACAAGCGAAGUAAUUUUUCUUAUUAAUUUUUUUCUUUUGAGUGAAAACACAUUGGCUGUCUGCUUAUCUGAGCUCAAGUUGAGCUUAAUACUGCUGUUAUAAGUGUCGUGUUCCAGAAUCGCGGCUGAAUUCAACUUAAAAUCAUAUUUUUUAUUAGAUAUACCGAAAGUGUUUUAUUUCCAUGUUUAGUUCACUUCACAGCUCACAUUUUUUUUAAUGAACUAAACAAAAAGACAAUAAUUUUCUUUUUUA